GUCUGCUCCGGUCUUCAGGAUUGCGCAGACGUGAAGUGUACAGGUCCCGACAGGCAUUAGGCAGUGACCCAUUGCUUUCUGGUAGUUGUAGUCCAUAGGCGCUAAAGCACCCAAUAUUCAGACAGCCGGAAACUCGGUUUCCCAGGAAGCCGUGCGAGAGUAGGCGGAGACCGCGGCCCGAAUCCCGGGGAACCGGCGGGACGCUGCGGGAAAGGCGGCAGGGUAUUCAAGCGUGCAUGGACGCUGGGACGGUGAGCAUUGGCUUCCUUAGGACCGCGACUAGGCUAGUCCCGUGUCUGGCCCUGCCAGCCCUCUCUCCGGACCCAGGUGGUGCCUGCGGUGUGUCUACCCGGAGAGGCUGCGCUCUGCUGAAAGCCGGUCAUGGGAUGAGCGGCUGAUGGAGAGCCCCUUCCAGCAUCUCCCACCGCUCAUCCCUUGUAUGUCUGCACUGUACUGAUCUCAUGGUUGACUCUCUCCUUAACCCCACCUAAUCUGUAGCUCCACAUCUUUGCGCACAAGGAUAUAUUUUAGCCACCCAGCUUCGCGAGGUCUCCGCCCGCCUGCGUGACCAAGCCAGCGCCCGUCUAACCCGGGCUGCUUCGCUGCAGGUGGGACGGGUCCCAGGUCCGCAUGGAGGAGCCAGAGGCUGCCUUGGAGGCUGAGGAACCCACGAAGGAUGACACCCUACCUUCUGACACCGUCUCCCUCAGCGACUCGGACUCGGACUCGGACCUCAGCUUACCUAGUGGUGCGGAGGUGCAAGUAUUGUCCCCGGAGAGGCUUUCCGGGGAAGGCCAGGAGGAUUCUGACCCUGAUGACCCUCCCUCGCCCCCCACCGGCGUCCCCACCACCGCAGUGCAGCCGUUCCACCUUCGAGACAUGAGCUCUACCUUCUCCCAGCGCAGCCACAGCAUCUUUGAUUGCCUGGAGAGUGCAGCCCGGCAGACACCCCUCUCUGCACCCCAAACCAGUGUGAGUGACAAUGGCAGCUUCAAGCGGCCUUUGGCUCCCCCAAGUCAGACUCCAGCAGGACGCCUGAGCAGAAUGCGUGAGAGCACUGGUCUGACCAGGGUACUCCCUGUCCCUGAUUAUGUGUCACACCCUGAGCGUUGGACCAAGUACAGUCUGGAAGAUGUGGCUGAAACCAGUGAGCAGAGCAAUCGUGAUGCUGCCCUGGCCUUCCUGAGUUCUCACAGCCAGGCAUCCUCCACAGAGUAUGCCCCCUCCUUCAACCAGGACCCCUCUAGCUGUGGGGAGGGGAGAGUGGUCUUCACCAAACCAGUUCGAGGCAGUGAGACUAGGACUGAGAGAAAGAGGGUCCUAAAGAAGGGGUGUGUGUCAAGUGCUGGUGGUGAGGCCUCUGUUGAGCUAGCCCAUCUGGCUGGGCCUGAAGCUGAGGAGUGGGGUGGCCACCAGGGACUGCCAGGGGUGGCAAUACCUUCAGAAGCUGCUCAUCCUGGGUCCUCAUCAGACCUCACAGGGAUGGAGGCUGUUGGUUUCCACAGUAGCAAGAAGCGGAGUAGAGACCACUUCCGGAACAGGGACAGUAACCCAGAGGGGCCAGAGUCAGAGAGAGGCCCCUCAGUUUAAGUGCAGUGCCAUCACUCCCACCUCACCUGCCCAGUCUGUGGGAAGCUGUGGGCUAUCUGUAGGAGGGGAUGUGUGCAGCAGCUUUGGCUGGGACUGGGAAUUGUGGGUCAGGGGACCUUGGAGGACCUUGUGCCCCAGUGUCUUGGGGUGAAUAAUAAAGGUUUGGAGUAUUUGAA